AUGGAAAAUACUACAGAUAACAACACCGACAAAAAUGCUAACAAGAUCACCCUACCCUCUAUCCGAGAUUUGGGCCCUGACUUGACUCCAUCGCCGCCGCAACUUCCGCCUCCGAGAGUAAGCCUACCUCGAAUAUCGGCGCCCUCCAGGUCUCCCGAUCAGUCGGCCCUUCCUCCUCCAUCUCCUUACCUGAUCUCAUCGCCCUACCCACCCCCACGGCAGUACGGAGCCUCCCCGCAGCACCCUUACCCCAUUUCACAUCCCCAUUACAUCUCUGCAUACCACCAAGAGCCAGUCGAUUACCGUCCUCCCCCUGGCCCGAAUUACUACAUGCCGCCUGCGCCCAAUACUCAACCAUAUCCCAUGGGGCACCCCCACAUGGUCCUCCCGCCUCCUGGCCAUGUCUCGUCGCGAUACGUUUCCAAAUCCAGCAGCGCAUGGAGCCCUGAAGACGACAAGCUAUUGAGAAUGCUAAAGGAGGAGAAGAACUAUGGUUGGAGAGAAAUCGCCUCGUAUUUUCCCAACAGAACGAUAAACGCGUGCCAAUUCCGCUGGCGAAGGCUCGUCGUGGGCGUGGCCGGCAAAAAACAUUCCGAUGGAUCUGUCUCGCCCAAGAGCGCGCGCUCGAAACUACGCUCUCGUGAGAGUGAAGACUCGGACACUGAAACGGCCAAAGAAGAUGAGAGGGAGGACGAAAAGGACAGAGACAAACACAAAGACAUAAAGGCGGCCGACCUCAAGCGACUGCUCAACUAA